CGGACGCGCACGCUCGCCGCGCUCCGCACCGCCCGACCCGCGCCGCGCUCGCGCUAUGCCGCCCUACCGACAACAAACUUAUGUGUUCGAUAGUUUAAACUUUUUUUCGUUUCAAAGUGUAGGACGCAGCCCGGAAAUACGCCAGUGAUCGACAUCGCGAGAACUGUGAUAAAUUCUUAGUUGGAAUUUUUAUUAACUGUUAUUAAGGAUUCUUGCGUAUUCCGCUGACACGUCCCGAUGAUGGUCUCGGAAGGGGCUCUGCCCGUGGUGUGGUGUAUGCGCGAUAAUCAACUUGUGCCUCACCAGGUAUCCGGUGUGAAAUUACAAGGAGCUGUAACAGGGGCGCACAUUGCGGCCGUUACCGAUUUUUUGCGGAUGGUGGCAGGAACACCGAUCGUUCUCCCACAUACUGCAGUCUCAGAAGAUGUUGAAAAUGACAUCAAUCAGGAAAAAGAAAAUACUACAAGGCGACGCAAAAUGUCAAUGCAAGUGGAAGUUCCUUGCGUCUUCCUUACAGAAAGUGCAUUACAGAAAGCGAAGACUCGCAGCAACUCUUUAGACGACAAGGUAUUAUUUGACCAUAGUAAUAUACCAACAACAACCAAAAGAUAUUUAGAAAUAGAUAGUAAAUCGCAUCAUUCUAGUUCUAUAAAUAUGUUAGAGUUUAAAGGAUCCAACGAUAGUCAUCAAGGAACAGAAAAUAUGAAAUCACAUUCUCCUAGAGAAUCAGUAAGUGAUAGUUGUACUCAAAGGAUAACGAGAAUAAUAGAAUUAGACGAUUUUAAUACAGAAACAAUGAGCCUUGACACAGAAAAAGAAACCCAUCAAAGAAUAACCAGAAUUAUUGAAUUUGAUAACGGUAAACCACCAUCACCCGAAUGUACAGAUAGGGAAAAUGAAAUGCCUCAAAGAAUCACAAGAAUCAUAGAGUUGAAUGACGAUAGCCCUUUUUCUACUAUCACGAGUAGUAUCGAAUCAGAAAAGGAAAAUCCACAACGAUUGUCUAAAAUAAUUGAAUUAGAGAAAGAAACAUCUUUUCCUAGCAUGGCGAGGAUAAUUGAAAUGGAAAAUGAAAUUUCUAAUGAAAGGCGAAUUGCACUGACAAAUGAACGUGAAACUGGUGGUGGAAAUGUUGAAAAUUUUAAUGAAGAAGUAAUUGUUAGAUCCAAAGUUGUACACAGAAACACCAGAUUUAGUCUUGAUUCUUCAUGCUCCGAAAACUCUUACGUAAAUAUUGAGUGUAUUAAGAGUUUGCCGGAUGUUAGAAAGGAAGAUAUCACGGAAGGUGGUAACAGCCCUGAAACUUCGCCAGCUUGUCGGUCUGUCCGCUCUCGUUUUCCCAAAAAGAAAACUUCCGUAUGUUCGAUUGGCUCCUCGGACUGCGAUGAUGACGUAGAUGUUAUAUUUAAGUCAAAACCAAAAUCUAGUCAAUGGGUGAGCCUAGAUUGGAUACCUCCGCCGCCCAAAGAAGAGCCAGUGAUUACACAUGUCUGUGAUAAAAAUGAUUUUAUAACGAAAUGGAUAGCCGAACAGAACUCACAAGAUUCUGGAAUUAUUGCUGACGAAAGAAGAAAAAGCCUUCCACCUAAAUCUAACGAAGUUUAUCUUCAAAACAUGCGAAGAUUUAGUGACGGCCUGCAAAUAUGCAAAGAAGAUGCGGCUAGUGACUCGCCCGCUACAGUAAAAUGGAAAUGGCAUGACAUAGUAAAGCGCCAUUUACAAUUGCUGAAAAAUGAGAAAGGAUUCAGACGACAAAGGGGUAGUUGGAUGAGGACUGCGAGACGUCUUUCCGGCACGGCUGUACCAAACAAAAACUUUGAUCCGUUACCUCUUGAUACAUACAUGAAGCUCAACACCAUGCCAUGGUACUUCCGCAAGAUAAAGCGAAUCGAAGCGGAGAAGAAAUUGCUUCUACCAGAGAACGAACAUGGCGCCUUCCUUAUAAGAGACUCGGAGAGUCGCCACAACGACUUCUCCUUGUCAGUGCGAGACGGCGACACGGUGAAGCACUACCGCAUCAGACAGCUCGACGAAGGCGGCUUCUUCAUUGCCAGACGCACCACCUUCCGAACCCUCCAGGAGUUGGUGGAACACUACAGCAAGGACGCCGAUGGCCUCUGCGUCUCGCUCAACAAGCCCUGCGUGCAGGUUGAGAAACCAGUUACCGAGGGCUUGUCGCACAGAACACGCGAUCAAUGGGAGAUUGACCGUUCAUCACUCAAGUUCGUUCGCAAACUCGGCCACGGUCAGUUUGGAGAAGUAUGGGAGGGCUUGUGGAACAACACUACUCCUGUUGCCAUCAAGACCCUCAAAUCCGGCACCAUGGACCCCAAAGACUUCUUGGCUGAAGCACAGAUCAUGAAGAAACUGCGACACAACAAAUUGAUCCAGUUAUACGCCGUCUGUACUCUUGAGGAGCCGAUUUAUAUCAUCACUGAGUUGAUGAAGAAUGGGUCGCUUCUAGACUAUUUGCAAGGCAAGGGACGUGGCUUGAAGCUGCAGCAACUGAUCGACAUGGCGGCACAAAUUGCCGCUGGUAUGGCGUACUUGGAGUCUCAGAACUACAUCCACCGCGAUCUAGCUGCUAGGAACGUGCUCGUGGCAGACGCUAACAUCGUCAAGAUCGCCGACUUCGGGCUCGCUAGGCUUAUCAAGGAAGACGAAUAUGAAGCCCGCGUGGGCGCGCGGUUCCCGAUCAAGUGGACGGCGCCCGAAGCGGCCAACUACAGCAAGUUCUCCAUCAAGUCCGACGUGUGGUCGUUCGGUAUCCUGCUUACUGAGCUCGUCACAUACGGGCGGAUACCUUAUCCUGGCAUGACAAACGCAGAAGUCCUGCACCAAGUGGAACACGGCUACCGCAUGCCGUGCCCGCAGAACUGCCCCGCCGCACUAUACGAAAUCAUGCUGGAGUGCUGGCACAAGGACCCGCUGAAGCGGCCGACCUUCGAGACUCUGCAGUGGAAGCUCGAGGACUUCUUCACGAUGGACAACUCCGAGUACAAGGAGGCGUCCGCCUACUGAGCCCGGCCUUCCCUGCCGCCCCACCGUCACGCACACGCCCAUCAUACUCCGGGCCUGUACCACAUGCCGCCGGAGCUACAAAUGCUCCACCAAAGCGCGUCGCUGCAACACCUGCAGAUGCACCAGUUGCCGCCGCACACCAUGCAGGCCCCGCACUUGCAGGCCUCGCACCAGGCGCACUUGCAGGCGCAGGCGUCGCACCAAGCGCACUUGCAGGCGCAGGCGUCGCACCAGGCGCACUUGCAAGCGCAGGCGUCGCACCAAGCGCACUUGCAAGCGCAAGCGGCGCACUUGCAAGCGUCGCAAGUGCACCUGCAGCUGCCGGCGCUGCCCGCGCGGCCGCUGUGCCACCACCACGCGCCGCGGCACAACACGCUCGCCUACCGCGCGCCCUAGGGCCGCCACGCCGCACGCCGCACGCCUCCACCGUGACUACCUGGAUCAUUCCCACGACGUCCUUCCUAGCGAGGAUCAAGUUAGUGAGCCCUACGCUUCGAUGUCCGUAAUUGAACAUUACUCGACGAUUGUGAAUUUGUGAUCACGCUACAAGGAUACCCGCAACACUGCAAAAAAGAAACCCCACGUCUGAUUGUCUUCGAUAGGGAAGGCAAUCCUCAGAUUAGACAAUAAAGUACUAACAAAUUGCGAGUUUACGCAAAAGUUAAAUUCAAGUGUCCAGUAAGCUUUACCUUUGCGUUGCCAACCCUAUUCUGAAGAUGCGGUAGUACUCUUACCCUAGGCGUGACUCAACCGUGUGUGUUAAAACUUUAUGUUGGGGGCUGAGAUGUCCCAGUUCUUCACACAUAUAACCUCCAUUCCAUUACCGAUGGCGUGAAUCGAAAUGACGUUCGAGCCAUCAUAACCUAAUACUGUCGUGUAUUUCAUAUUCACUCGAAAGAAACCUGUGAAGUCCUAUAUGGGCGAUGAGUGAUGAAUAGUCCAUUUUGUGUGUUAUCAUUCCUAAAGUAGCGGACCGGGACAAAAUCACUGUUAACUCUUGAACUGACGCGUCAAAUCCAAGGGCGUAACAGUUUUGUAAGAUUUUGGACUGUAUUUUGGUCAGAUAGUACUCGGAGCCAAAGCGAUCGCGCGUGUGAUUACGUUGUGUUCGCGAGUCUAGUUUCUCGAAUUUCCAUUUACUAGUGCCCAACUGGUAUAGCAAGUCGCGACUGUACGACGUAGUAAACACGUAGGAAUACUCUUUGAUACGACGACGUCAACGUAAUUCUACACGCCGGUCGGUAGUAAGUUUAGUUAGACUGUCUACGAUUUUUCUAAAUAUAUUUAGCGUACCAUAGGUUAACUUUUACAGUUCUUCAAGUUUUCGAGUAAGCCUCGUGUAGGAUGGCCGUUUUAUAAUAUUAAUCGUUAAUAGACGUGGCUUGAUCAAGAGCCGCUUUGAAUGUUACAGCUUGACUAUUGAUACUUUACGGCAAUAUGAGUGACAUAUCAGAGCUUCUUAGUUUCGCUUCAGUAGAAUAAUCUUGUCGGCGCCCUAUUGAUGCUGCUCUACGCGUUUAGGCCGUUGAUUUGCAAUGAAAUAGUCGGGUGCUUUAUUGUCAAAGUUGUUUUAGAGUACGACAAAUCCAAGGUGUGGUUCGGAUGGACGUCAGAGGCUAUGCGGAGAGUGCGGGCUGGUUCGGCCCGGAGCGGCGCUGAGCGCGCACAGUGCGUGAACGGAGGAAAUUUAGGUUCGGCAGGGAUAUACAUCGUGCACACUUAGCACGAUAUUACGAGGAUUAAGUUUUGAAGAGGCGCAUUAAUCGAUUAGGUAUUUUCACCUUCGUAUACCAUGUUUAAAGUAGAUUGGUGAUAGAUGCCAAAUAAUCCUAAUAAAGAACUGAAUUUAUAUAUACAUAUUAACUGUUCUGAGGGUAUUUAGACGUUAGGAUAUUAUUUAUGUAACUUAAAUUCGAUAAGCUUUCUGGAAUACAAUUGGAAUAGUCAUUUUAUUUAUAUAAAUUAGUUCCAAACUUUGUCGUUGCGCCAAUUGAUUUGCUAGGGUAUCGUGACAGUUGUCUGCUCAACAAUAUAUGAGGUAUGACUGUAUUUAUCGUAUAAUCCAAAACUGAUAUUUUAUUUGUGCCAAGACUUAGUUAUUUUAAGCGAAAGUAAAAGCCACAUGUAAUCCCAAUUGUACUGACGACUCAAUUGUAUUUAUCUCCUUACUUUUUGUCUAAGUAAGAUAUGAUUGGCCUAAGUAAAUAAGUAUUUUUGAAUGUGUAGGUUUUGUAUCCUAACAUUAUAGAAGUAACUUAGUGUAUUUACAUUACUAGAUUUCGUCAAAGAAAUUGUGACGACGUCUAACAUAAUAUUGUAAUUCGUUAAAACGGCACAUUUUAACGAGAAUGUCAGUAUAUAUGUGCAAUAUUUAAUUUAUAACCCGGUGCUUAGUAUAAUUCUAUAUGGAAAGAGUUGCCGGAAGCUCUUGCUGUUCGAAUAUAUAAAAUUAUACAUCCUCAGAACUUUUAAAAGACGAGUAGUUGUUUUAAGAUAAUAAAAUAAUUGACUAUAAUUCCAAACGUAUAUGUAUCACUGUAAAUGUCGCAACGAUUGUUUUUGUAUUUUGAUCUUUCCAUAACAUGUAAAUAGUUCCGAAAGUAGCGUACUAAAGGUUAUGAUUCGAGUGAUAUUAUAAUGUUGGUAUUAAGGACUAGUGUGCAGACUCGUUGUUUACUAACUCGAACCAUUCCAAUCGGAUCAUGGCAAUAUUUAUCAUAUAUAAUAUGUAUCAAAGGCGUUUUGACAUUGCAAGUAAUUUUCUCCCUAAACCCUUUCAAAAUAGAAUACAACUUUGUCGCACAAAUAUGAUGUAUUUUCAAUUAAUAGUAACUACUCGUAAGGAGUCUAAAAUAUUGCAUUUUUACGUCACAAACUAUUUUUAUUAUCAGAGUUCUUUGUAUAAGGUGUAGACUGACAGAGUUUGUGCUUAGUGUUCGUAAUGCACUCGCGUACGAAGAACUGCUUGUUGGUAGAGUAUCUCUACGCACUGUGGAUAUAGCACGAAUUAUAUAUCUAUAGGUACGAAGUUGAUGUUGGCCACAAAUUAAUACUGCUUUGUAAAUGUCCACGGCAUUUGUACAUGUGUCAGACGAGUAUUAGUAAUGCAAGUUGAUCGAUCUUCUUUACAAUAAGAUAAAUUAAUUCCAACACGAUUAUUUACUCUCUUGUGUUAUUUCCAUAAUUUAUUUUGUAAUUUUAAACUCAAUUAAGUUUUAGCUGUAUAAUAUGCUUUAGGCUUUACGCUUCGUUAUAGCCAAGUUUGCUAUGUCUUAUAAAUGGCAAUAUUAUUAAUUAUACCCGUAUUAUAUUAAUUUUAUUAGUUAGCCAAUUUUAAGUACUUUUUUCUUAUACAAUGGCGCCAUCACAAUUUGUAAUGAAAAUGAUCAAUAAGUUGCGUAGGAUAAGCUAUGUGAAGGAUAUGAGUGUUAGAUAUAAACUAGAAGUUAUUUAGUAAUUGUUGCUGUGUUACAUGACGUUUGUACGUGUUAACAGUUUGUCGGCUGUGACAGGUAUGGAACGUCGGUAGAGGACGGAGUCAAAUCAAGAGCGACUGAGUUAGUUGAUACUGUUUCACACGUGAACUAAGGUCUUAUUACCUCCGAGUAUCAAUUAAAUCUAUUUUAAGUUAUCCGGCCACCGUUACACUACCACACUGUACUAGCAUACUGUCCUUGAUCUCUACAUGCUUGGAUAACUCAUCAACGAUUUUAAGUUAUGCAAUAUUUCGUGUGGCAGUGUAACAAUGACCCAUUAUGUAUGGUUAUGAUUAUAUUUACUAUAUUUCACUUAUUUGUAUAGAUUUUUUUAACACAACAAUAAAUAUAAAUGUGAAAUA